AUGACCUUCGACGACGCAGCAGCCAAGGCCAACGGCACCAACGGCGAUGCCGCCAAGACCUCGUUCGCCGUCAAGGCCGGGCUCGCGCAGAUGCUCAAGGGCGGCGUCAUCAUGGACGUGACGGACGCGGCGCAGGCCCGCAUCGCCGAGGAGGCCGGCGCCUGCGCCGUCAUGGCCCUGGAGCGCGUCCCCGCCGACAUCCGCAAGGACGGCGGCGUCGCCCGCAUGUCGGACCCGGCCGUCAUCAAGGAGAUCCAGAACGCCGUCACGAUCCCCGUCAUGGCCAAGGCCCGCAUCGGCCACUUUGUCGAGUGCCAGAUCCUCGAGGCGCUCGGCGUCGACUACAUCGACGAGAGCGAGGUGCUCACGCCCGCCGACAAGGUCUACCACGUCGAGAAGGCCGGCUUCAAGGCCCCCUUCGUCUGCGGCUGCCGGAACCUCGGCGAGGCCCUGCGCAGGAUCGCCGAGGGCGCCGCCAUGAUCCGCACCAAGGGCGAGGCCGGCACCGGCGACGUCGUCGAGGCCGUCACCCACGUCAAGACCGUCACCGGCGACAUCGCGCGCGCCAAGGCCGUCCUCGAGACCGAGGGCGUCAUCGGCAUCCGCGCCAUGGCCCGCGAGAUCGGCGUCGACCCCGCCCUGCUCCAGCAGACCGCCGAGCUGGGCCGUCUCCCCGUCGUCAACUUCGCCGCCGGCGGCGUCGCCACCCCCGCCGACGCCGCGCUCAUGAUGCAGCUCGGCUGCGACGGCGUCUUCGUCGGCAGCGGCAUCUUCAAGUCGGGCGACCCGGCGAAGCGCGCCAAAGCCAUCGUGAGGGCGACGACCCACUACAAGGACGCCAAGGUGCUCGCCGAAUGCAGCGAGGGCCUCGGUGAGGCCAUGGUCGGCAUCAACUGCGACAGCCUGAAGCCCGAUGAGAAGCUUGCCACCCGCGGGUGGUAA